UUCUUAAUUCUUAUAUAUACUUUAAAACAGGGCGGCAGCAGUUUGUGAGUGAGGAGGAAGAAUGUUUCUGUCUCUGCCUACUCUGACUGUGCUUAUUCCACUGAUCUCCUUAGCAGGACUGUUCUACUCAGCCUCUGUGGAGGAAGGCUUCCCACAGGGCUGCACAAGUACAGCCAGCCUUUGCUUUUACAGUCUGCUCUUGUCCAUCACCAUUCCAGUGUAUGUGUUCUUCCACCUCUGGACCUGAAUGGGUAUUAAGCUCUUCAGGCAUAAUUAACACUGUAUUAAGUCCUAAGCACUUGGUGUUUGAAAGCUCAGCGAGGUGGAAUACUGGAGACCUAUUUAGUUUGGAGGAAAGUUGCUUUGCCUUGCUUAACUCAGUUUUAGG